AUGCUGAAAUUUCUGUUUUUUGCCUUCCUUCUUGUGGCUUCCGCCUACGCGGCCUGUAAUGUGCAACAAAUCGGCAUCCUCUCCUACUGCUACAAGAAUUUCCUCGGGUUCUAUGGGCUGAACUUCAAUGGUACCCUGCCACCCUACUGGACGAUGCACAAGGCGCGCAGCAAGAUGUUGCAACGCGAUGGGAUGGAUGCCCAGCCGGCAAUUUGCGAUGCCGCGCGCACGCUAUUUUCUUGCACGAACAACGUCCUCUACGACUACACCUGUCUCGUUGAUAUGGGGCUGAAUAUGUCGGACGCCAAGGACUACAUGACCGACAAGGCUGUCGGAAAUUACCAAUGCACCGAUGGAUAUCAAGUACUCGUCAAAGAUUUCUACUGUAUCGGCUACGUUCGUGACCACUUCUAUGACGAACUGAAGAAUUGCACGGACACGAUGAACGAGCAGAUCAACAAGGGUGGCAAUGUGUGCAACGCGCUGAACGACUUCCUCGCCUGCCAGCCGCCCUACUACGCCAACGGCUGUAACUACAAUGUUGGCGUUUUUGCGUGUGGCACGGAUCGGGCUGGAGUGAACGCUAAUGGAAACUACUGUGACCGACUCGGGCUUCUGAAUAAAUGCCCACCAUAUCGUGAGUUUUCACCCCUUCUUCUCGUCGGCUCCAUCGAAGCCAGCUGUGAUGCUAGCCAAACGGCCAACGUUGGUGCUUGUUAUUACGGCUUUUUCAACUUCUACGGCAUCAACUUGAGCGCUGGUUUCCCGACCUACUGGGAUUUCCACCAGGUGCGUGGGAAGUUGCUUCGCGAUAAUGGCAUCUCUAUCCAGCCCCAAGUUUGCCAGGCCGCCGUAAAGCUAUCCACUUGCGUCCACAAAAUGCCAUAUGAUCCGCAGUGCUUUAUGGCGUUUGGUUUGAAUCUUACAGACGCGACCGACUACCAGGCCGAUAUUGCUGUCGGAAAUUACCAGUGUACUGAUGGAUAUGCCACACUCCUCAAAGACUUUACAUGCCUCGGAAUGACCAGGGCGAAGUAUCAUACCGUACUUCAGGCGUGCAGUGAUGCCCUCGACGCUGCUAUUGCUAAUGGGACAAAUUUGUGCCCCGCCUACAACACAUUCCUGAAUUGUCAAUCCCCGUGGUAUGUCAGCGGCUGUGACUUCAACGCCGGCGUGUUUAUGUGCGGCACGAAUCGGGCAGGGAUUUUGGCUAAUGACGAUCACUGCGAAAAGGCCGGACUGCUCAACAAGUGCCCAGAGUACAAC